AUGGAGGGUCCACCACAGGUAACCAUGACAUGCUUCGGAACCUCAACGGAACUCCUCGUUGAAACUGGGAAACAGCUCUCCAACUUUGCAAGAAGGCUUGGCAUGUCAUUCAAGUUCCACCCCAUUGCAAGCAAGUUUGGGGAAGUAAUCGAUGUGUCUAUGCUGCAUGUAAAGCCUGGCGAGGCACUGGCAGUGCAUUGGUUGCAGCAUUCACUGUACGAUGCAACUGGACCUGAUUGGAAAACACUAAGGCUCCUUGAGGAGUUGGAGCCAAGAAUAAUCACCUUGGUGGAGCAAGAUGUGAACCAUGGAGGCUCAUUCUUGGAUCGUUUUGUGGGCUCCUUGCACUACUACUCCACCCUAUUUGAUUCUCUUGGAGCAUACUUACACUUUGAUGAUGAAAACAGGCACCGUGUGGAGCAUGCCCUUCUCUCUAGGGAAAUCAACAAUGUGUUGGCCAUAGGAGGCCCUAAGAGGAACGGUGAAGACAAGUUUAGGCAGUGGAGAAGAGAGCUUGCUAACCACUAUUUUCAGCAGAUUCCCAUGAGUGCCAAUUCAAUGGCUCAAGCUCAGUUGAUAUUGAACAUGUUCUCACCAGCUUAUGGGUAUAGUCUUGCACAAGUUGAUGGCACAUUAAGGCUUGGAUGGAAGGAUACAAGUUUGUACACAGCUUCUGCAUGGACCUGUUGUACUUCUAACUAG